CACAGAUGCGUCGAUGCGCAGGUAAACGCGGAUAAAGGAGCGUUCCCACUUUCCGAGCCGAGCUGUGUGUUCUGUUUCCUGUGCCAUGUCAUGUCCUAUAUGACCUACUAAAGUGUACUUUGACUGGCAUAAACGUGUGUUUGUAAAUUAUCAUUGUCGGGUAUGAAACGCUUUAAAUCUUAGCAGUUCAUUGUAACAGCAAGCCGCUGAAAUAUAGGAAUCGAAGAAGUCGCCGAUAGUCGAUAUUAAUAUCAAAAGUAUCUAUACCUCGAUACAUCGGCGAUAGUAUCGCCCAUCCCUAAUUUGGGACACGACAAGGACCCACGUAACGGCGCGUGCACCACUACCAUCGAAUGAGCUACGCACUGGGGGGAUACGGUACUUGAUUCCCGGAAGAAAUUUAUAAGAGCCAUGAUUCAGUGAGAUCCGUGCCUUUGGAGAGUGAACCUAUAUUCCGUGGAUCCGUACAAUUAAAUUUCACUACUACUGCAUUGGAGCUCAGGUCUAGAACUUGCUUUCCGAUGGCUUUAACAGAUUCAGGGAACCCAAAAGAUACGGUAAGCAAAUUGUAUACCGUUUUACAGCUAAUUCCGAGUGGGAUGAGGGAGGAGAGUACCGGUAGCAUGGAAGGCGAGGCUUAUCUCGCAACGAAGACACGGUUUUUACGACGCAAGGAACACGAGGAUAGUUUUGACCUCGGCUCUCGUCCCGACGGAGGUAGCGUACUUUCGAAAUGUGAAAUUAAGGAGACAGAAUGAUAGUCAAAAAUGAUUUAAAAGCUCAGAAACUCAUCCUUGGUGUGACGACUGUGUUUAAGAAAAAUGAGUUCCUCUAUGCCAAAUGAUGAGCCAGACAAAGUCGUUCCAACUAGUCUGGAUGAAAAAGCAAAAGAAAAUUGGGUGCAGUUUGAGGAAGAUUCUGAAUCGAAAAUAACGUCUGAUCUAAAAAAAGAUAACGCGUUCAAGCAAGGAGUGUCUGCUACCACCAAAUCACAGCUAGUCACAGAGAACGUAAACGGAAUUUCGAAAGUUGUAGAAGAAUCAAAUGAGGCGCAUAGGAAAAGUGACGAAUACAGCGGAGCUGUGAUACCUGCCGAAUCCGUCCAAAUUAAUUUAGAUAGGUCCGGACUGAACCAUUCAAUUAGUGUUGAGAAUUAUAAUCUGUCAUUCAGUGAAAAAACUGGGUCCCUUAAAACAAUCGAUUUGAGAGACGCCUCUACCAAUGAGAGAACAAAUGCCAGCAACGUAAUAAAUUCUUCUAUUGGAUAUCUCAGGCAAGGAUUUGUUAAUGGGGACACGAUUGUCACUCUACUACCAAUUAAUACUAGGUGGCCCUGGAUUACACCGGCAAAGUUUAGACCUGAAUUAGUACCAGAAGAAUUAAUGGCUCAAGGACUCACGCUUACGGUUGAGGAUUACGUACAUAUAAUGGAAUUGUUAGUAAAUGAUGUACGGUUUAAUAUGUACAAUAUUUGCUACAAGCGAGUCCUCGUUCUAUGGAUUUUCACCGGCUUCGUCAUCCUUUUGGGUCUUUUGUUUUCUGGAGUGACUGGACUCACUUUGUUCAGCCUUGGUGUCAUGUGGUUAGUUCUGAAUGCUGCCGCAAUAUUCCUGUGCAUGUUUAUCAAAAUUAAACUGAAUCGCAAUCUUGAGAAAUGCAUGGCACAGGUCAACAAGCAUCUGCUUCGUCACAAAAUCUUACUUGGGCUAGACGACCGGGGAAAGAUUUCCUGCCACAAAGUCAACUUGUGCUACUUGUAUUUCGAUAGUGCCGAUUGUAUAAGCAAGUUGCAAGAAGUCAUAGAACUAGAGGAAACAGGCGGUAGAGCUGUUGAUGAAGAUCUAGGUUCCGAAGCGCGAUGUAGGCAGAAUCUGCAACAGAAGAUGGAUAUAGAUGACAGUGAUAUUAUUAUACAAGGUAGCGCAUCCACGCGACUUUCUCGUAAACAGGGCAAGAGCGAACGGGUUUUCUGUCGCUACGUACAACGUUGGGUGAAGGAUUACAUGCGAAGACGCCUAGAUUGGACUGUUGACGAGGAAGGUGGAAAUCCUUCUUCUCCUCGUCACUUAUCUUCUGCUUUAUGCCCCUGUCAGUACAUAGAAGAAUGGUUGCAGAACAAAUCACGUAUGCAGGGAAGAGAUUUUUGUCCCAGAUGGAGCAGUUUCCUUAGGGAUAGGGGAAUUUAAAUAAAGGAUUCCGGUGUUCUCAUCAAAGGUCCGACUUACGUACUUUCUGAAACCACCGCCCAUGGACAGCUGCAAUCUCAAAAAAAGUACUGGCGAAGUGAAGGAUUUACAAAAGAAAAGUUUCGUAUAGUAUUUCCUAAUGAGAAAAUCAUAUGCAUAUUUUCGAAUAUCAUAUCAAAUAUUAUGCGCAGAAUAAAACACUGAUCAAU